UGUCUCUUGUGUCUCCUGCACUGGCAGACGGAUUCUUGAGCACUGUGCCAAUUGGGAAGCCUUUCCCAUUGCUCUUUGAAGCCUGGGGACUGCCUUGAUUGGGGUCCCUCCAUCCACAGGCAUUCUGUGAUCACUCCUGGGGAGAGGCAAAACCUGCCCCAGCUUCCUCUCCUCGCCAAUUCCAGCCCUGGAGGACACCUUCCCAUCUGAGACAGUCUCUGGGGACGGUGCCCCCUCGGAGCUGAGGGAGGACCUGGGUCCUUCAUCUACAGUCACGUAGUCGGAAAGAAACAAAAUGAGAGCCACAUGUAGGCACGUUAGAAAAAAGGAAAAAGAAGUGAAAUGAAUUCUACCACUAUAUUGUGUCUGAAUCAAUGUAUCUAAAAUACUUCUUCAACAUGUGAUCAAUAUAAAAAUAUUAAUGAGAUGUGUUCUUUUUGUAAGAGGAGUUUUUGUUAUCCAGUGUGUAUUUUACACCUACAGCAUGCCUCCGUUGGGAUGAGCCUCAUUUAAGGGCCUGAUAAUCACACGUGGCUGGUGGCUGCUAUAUUUGACAGCAUGGGUCCGGAACUCAGAGCUGGGAGGCAGAAACGGGGGAGGCUUCAGGCUUCCCAGGGAUGGGCAGCUGAGCACAGAGAGCUUGCAGGAGGAGAAAGGAGCAUGACAGUGUCCUUUGCUGGUGUGAUUCAAAAUCUCUGAUUGAAGGUAGCAGUGGACAUGGUGGGCUUAUGUCCCUGCCCUAGAGUCACACACAUCUCCAGGCUGACAUUCUUUUUAUUUAUUUAUUCCACUGUGCCGGGUCUUAGUUGUGACACGUGGGGUCUUUGAUCUUCUUUGCAGCAUUCAGGAUCUUUAGUUGCAGCAUUCGAACUCCUAGUCGUGGCAUGUGGGAUCUAGUUCCCCGACUAGGGAUCGAACCCGGGCCCCCUACAUCGGGAGCGUAGAAUCUUAGUUACUGGACCAUCAGGGAAAUCUCUCCGGGCUGACAUUCUCAGUGUACUGGGAAACCCUACACAGGGGGAGAUUUCAAGGGCACAAAAACAAGUACAGUAUUCCCUCUCCUGCCAAAAAUCCUGUCUUCUCAUUCUGAAAUGAAAGCUGGCCCAGCCUGGUCACCCUUUGGCCCUCUCCCGUUCAGUAGUUUCAUCGGGGAAGUGAUGGGAAUGGAGAGGGUGGCAAAGCUGUGGCUGAGGGCCAGCAGGGGGGGAGAGCUGCCUCCUGCACACCGCUCACCGGCGUGGCUGUUGGUCCCAAUCCAAAGCAGUGACGCUUGUUUCAGGAGGAUACACAUCAGGCCCUUGGGGACUCUCCGGCGGACAUGAGGGUGGCCCUGGGCCCGGCCCUGCUGCUUACCUCACUCCUCGGGGCCUGGGCAGGGCUGGGCCCUGGGCAGGGAGAGCAGACUGUGACGGUGGCCGUGGUGUUUGGCAGCUCGGGGUCCCCGCAGGCCCAGGCCCAUACCCACCUCACCCCCCAGAGCUUCCUGGACUUGCCCCUGGAGAUCCAGCCGCUGACCGUGGGCGUCAACAACACCAACCCCAGCAGUCUUCUCACCCAGAUCUGCGGGCUCCUGGGGGCUGCCCGGGUCCAUGGCAUCGUCUUUGAGGACAACGUGGGCACCGAGGCCGUGGCCCAGAUCCUGGACUUCAUCUCCUCCCAGACCCACGUGCCGAUCCUCAGCAUCAGUGGGGGCUCUGCUGUGGUCCUCACUCCCAAGGAACCGGGCUCCGCCUUCCUGCAGCUGGGCGUGUCCCUGGAGCAGCAGCUGCAGGUGCUGUUCAAGGUGCUGGAGGAGUACGACUGGAGCGCCUUCGCCGUGAUCACCAGCCUGCACCCCGGCCACGCGCUCUUCCUCGAGGGCGUGCGCGCCGUCGCCGACGCCAGCUACCUGAGUUGGCGGCUGCUGGACGUGCUUACGUUGGAGCUGGGCCCCGGCGGGGCGCGCGCGCACACCCAGCGCCUGCUGCGCCAGCUCGACGCCCCGGUGCUGGUGGCCUACUGCUCGCGCGAGGAGGCCGAGGUGCUCUUCGCUGAGGCGGCGCAGGCUGGCCUGGUGGGGCCUGGGCACGUGUGGCUGGUGCCCAGCCUGGCGCUGGGCAGCACCGACACGCCCCCUGCCGCCUUCCCCGUGGGCCUCAUCAGCGUUGUCACCGAGAGCUGGCGCCUCAGCCUGCGCCAGAAGGUCCGAGACGGCGUGGCCAUCCUGGCCCUGGGCGCCCACGGCUACCGGCGCCAGCACGGCGCCCUGCCCGCCCCGGCUGGGGACUGCCGCGCCCACCCUGGGCCCCUCAGCCCUGCCCGGGAGGCCUUCUACAGGCACCUCCUGAAUGUCACCUGGGAGGGCCGGGACUUUUCCUUCAGCCCUGGUGGGUACCUGGUCCAGCCCACCAUGGUGGUGAUUGCCCUCAACCGGCACCGCCUCUGGGAGAUGGUGGGGCGCUGGGACCACGGCAUCCUCCACAUGAAGUACCCCGUGUGGCCUCGCUACAGUGCCUCCCUGCAGCCCGUGGUGGACAGCCGGCACCUGACCGUGGCCACGCUGGAGGAGCGACCCUUUGUCAUCGUGGAGAGCCCCGACCCUGGCACAGGCGGCUGCGUGCCCAACACUGUGCCCUGCCGCCGGCAGAGCAACCACAGCUUCAGCAGCGGUGACGCGGCCCCCUACACCAAGCUCUGCUGUAAGGGCUUCUGCAUCGACAUCCUCAAGAAGCUGGCCAAGGUGGUCAGGUUCUCCUACGACCUGUACCUGGUGACCAACGGCAAGCAUGGCAAGCGGGUGCGCGGCGUGUGGAACGGCAUGAUCGGGGAGGUGUACUACAAGCGGGCGGACAUGGCCAUCGGCUCCCUCACCAUCAACGAGGAACGCUCCGAGAUUGUGGACUUCUCCGUGCCCUUCGUGGAGACAGGCAUCAGCGUGAUGGUGGCCCGCAGCAAUGGCACCGUCUCCCCCUCGGCCUUCCUGGAGCCCUAUAGCCCUGCCGUCUGGGUCAUGAUGUUUGUCAUGUGCCUGACGGUUGUGGCCAUCACUGUCUUCAUGUUCGAGUACUUCAGCCCCGUGAGCUACAACCAGAACCUCACCAGCGGCAAGAGGUUGGGGGGCCCAUCCUUCACCAUCGGCAAGUCCGUGUGGCUGCUCUGGGCGCUGGUCUUCAACAACUCGGUGCCCAUCGAGAACCCCCGGGGCACCACCAGCAAGAUCAUGGUGCUGGUGUGGGCCUUCUUUGCCGUCAUCUUCCUCGCCAGCUACACUGCCAACCUGGCCGCUUUCAUGAUCCAGGAGCAGUACAUCGACACCGUGUCCGGACUCAGUGAUAAGAAGUUCCAGCGGCCACAGGAUCAGUACCCACCCUUCCGCUUUGGCACCGUGCCCAACGGCAGCACGGAGCGGAACAUCCGCAGCAACUACCGCGACAUGCACACCCACAUGGUCAAGUUCAACCAGCGCUCGGUGGAGGACGCGCUGACCAGCCUCAAGAUGGGGAAGCUGGAUGCCUUCAUCUAUGACGCCGCUGUCCUCAACUACAUGGCGGGCAAGGACGAGGGCUGCAAGCUGGUCACCAUCGGCUCUGGCAAGGUCUUUGCCACCACCGGCUAUGGCAUCGCCAUGCAGAAGGACUCCCACUGGAAGCGGGCCAUAGACCUGGCGCUCCUACAGUUCCUGGGAGACGGGGAGACCCAGAAGCUGGAGACGGUGUGGCUCUCGGGGAUCUGCCAGAAUGAGAAGAACGAGGUGAUGAGCAGCAAGCUGGACAUCGACAACAUGGCGGGCGUCUUCUAUAUGCUGCUUGUGGCCAUGGGGCUGGCCCUGCUGGUCUUCGCCUGGGAGCACCUGGUCUACUGGAAGCUGCGACACUCUGUGCCCAACACGUCCCGGCUGGACUUCCUGCUGGCCUUCAGCAGGGGCAUCUACAGCUGCUUCAGCGGCGUGCAGAGCCUGGCCAGCCCCGCGCGCCCGCCCAGCCCGGACCUCACCGCCGGCUCGGCCCAGGCCAGCGUGCUCAAGAUGCUGCAGGCGGCGCGCGACAUGGUGACCACGGCGGGGGUGAGCAGCUCCCUGGACCGCGCCACGCGCACCAUCGAGAGCUGGGGCGGCUGUCGCCCUGCGCCCCCGCCGCCCGCCUGCCCCGGCCCGCGGCCGCCCACCCCGGGUCCUCCCCGCGAGCCGAGCCCUACGGGCUGGAGGCCGCCGGACGAGGACCGCGCCGCACUGGGGCGCAGGGCCGCGCAGCCCUCGGGCCGCCCCCCGACGCCCCGGCCCGCCCUUCCCGACGUCUCCCGGGCGUCGGGCCGGCGGGCCUGGGAGGCGCGGUGGCCGCUGCGGCCGGGGCGGCGCGGGCGGCGCUUCUCGGCCUCCGAGCGGCGUGCGCACCCGGAGCGUCCCCUGUCGCCCGAGCGCGGCCACUACAGCUCCUUCCCUCGCGCCGACCGGUGCGGACGCCCCUUCCUGCCGCUCUUCCCGGAGCCCCCGGAGCCCGAGGACCUGCCGCUGCUCGGGCCGGAGCAGCUGGCCCGGCGGGAGGCCCUCCUGCGCGCGGCAUGGGCCCAGGGGUCGCGCCCGCGCCACGCUUCCCUGCCCAGCUCAGUGGCCGAAGCCUUCACUCGGCCCAGUUCCGGGCCCGCCCGCUGUGCCCGCCCGGCCUGCGGGCGCUUGAUACCCGCGCAGUCCAUGCGGCUGCCGUCGUACCGCGAGGCCUGCCAGGACGGGCUGUGGGCCGGGCCCCCCGCCUGGGCGCACAGACCGCACGCCUGCCUCCACGCCCAUGCCCACCUGCCGCUCUGCUGGGGGGUUGUCUGCCCUCACCUCCCACCCUGUGCUGCCCAUGGCCCCUGGCUCCCUGGGGCCUGGGGGCCUCCGGGACACAGACACAGGACUCUGGGGCUGAGCCCAGAAUACAGCGGCGGUGGGGAACUGGAAGGGGUCAGCAGGGCGGCCUGUGGGACACACGACUUUCCGCCGCCUUGCACCUGGAGGCGGAUCUCCAGCUUGGAGUCAGAAGUAUGAGGGCUCAGGUCCUCUGGUUCCUGUUCAGCUGGAUCUUCUGCCUGGCGCUGCCAGCAGUUAGAGGGCAGGUGGUCUCCGGCCUUCCUGGCUUCCGUCUUGAAAUCCAACCGAGUGACAGAUGAUAUCUUCACGGUCAGCCCGGUGACCUCAGCAGCCGCAGUCCUGUUGCGGGUUGGGCUUCUGCUAUCUUCUUAUGCAAAUCCCUUCCCACCUGGCCUGGAGUCACAGGGGGAGCAGCGGGGUCUCCCUCCCGUGCCGUGAGCCGGUCCCUGGUCUUCGCUGCUGGGGGCUUGGUGUGGGAGGCAUGGAAGCUGGAACUUGGGGUUGGGGCAGGGCUGACGUGUUUCUUGUUCCAUCUGGCUGGAGUUUUUUUUCUCAGAGUGCUGGGACAUUAAACCAACCUUUUACAACCCA